AUGUUUCGCCGCUCUAUGCAUCUUGGUGGAGGAGCCUGGGCCAGCGAGGUUCCCGACUAUCACAUUUCGCCUCCUACUCCUAUGCAAGCUACCAAUUCAACUGAAGCAACUAAAAGGCAUGUGGCUGCUUUCGCCAGAGGCUCUUCAACACACAUCGACGCCAUGGCUACCGAUCCAUGGACACCAAUGAUGCCCAGUGGUUGCGAAGAGUACCCCGUUGUUUCUAUCCCUCCGGGAAGAGAAAGCACCGUCGAUAAUUGCGAAUGCCAUAGCAGUACCGCCGUCCAUAAUAAUAGCAACUUUACCAAAUCACAGAAUAACAACAUUUCAAUCAACAGCCAGACAAUUACCGAUACCUUACCCACUGAUGAGCAUCUUGAGGGAGACUACGACGUGGACCGCAGCCUGACUGGAGAAUUGGUAAAUACACGUGCUAGUGAUAAAACUAGACGAGGCCAAGGGAAAACAGAAUGUAACAUUAAUGCAACGACACAAUUGGCAACUGUGGCUCCCUUGUUGCAGACUGUUGGCUAUUCAGAUUCUGAAUCAUCGAGCCCUGUAGGUGGCAGCAUGACUGGGGCCUGUCCCACGAAAAGACGAGCUCGGUCUCAGUUACCCCCACGACAUAUUGGUGCUAACACAGCAACAUGGCAGCAACAACAAAUCUCGUCUGUCCUUGGCACUGCUGGCCGAACCUCUUCGCCAUGUCAAUCACACUCACCUAGUCGACACAUGUGUAAACACCACAGUCAAAAUCACCGUCAUAAACAUCAUCCCCAUCUUGAUCAUUGCCAACACCAACCACAGUUGCAAUAUGAGCAGACACAAUCUCAUGAAAAACAUCAAAGACAUACUAGGGCAUCAAGUACCAAAUGCGAUCCGAUUGUCACGCCUAAAGAAACGUUUCCAUGUGCUCCAGAUACCUUGGUUGACUGCCAACUUCGCUCUGAAGUCUUUCAGCAAAGCAACACGGACACUCUUGUCCAGGGAUUGGUUAACUCAAUAGCCACUACAUCUAGUGGUUGUGUGGCAUCUCUCUUUCCGGCCAAAACUACCAAUGCCAAGCCACGUCGACUUCACUUUGUAUUCCGAUUGCCUGUGAUGGCUCGCGACGCAGAGCUUCUGCGUUCGGAGACUGAACGCUUGCUAUCUAGGCUAGCGACAUGCGACGGUAGCUGCGGCAAAAUUUCCUUUUCCUCUGCUUCCAAUAAUUGCGCACAUUCUGCCCUCGGCACUCGUUCCUCCGCCACGCACACUUCUUUGCCUUCCUCCUCGUGUUCAUCCGCCUCAUAUGAUUCUUCUCCCACUCUUUCUGCUUCCGCCAAUAGGACAUCUGUAGCAUCGUUUACCACAGACGAUUGCCAAUCAUGCAUCCCUCAUCCAGCAGGUGUCUACAUUACAUGUGUUGACAAGUAUCGGUUCUUCUGUCGAUUCGAUGAUAGUCAUUCCAAUGAAAAGUACCAGCAGCAUCAACCACGAAUUAAUCAGCUAACGCAGGGCGAUGAUCGCAAGACUCGAAUCGAUUCGACCACGGGCGAUAAUAGCAGCAAAAACAAAUACGGGAUUGAUCUUAUUACCAGUUUUGAUAAUAUUGAGAGUGAACCUGGUGGCAAUGAGCCCGAAGCUGAAGUAAGCGCCCAGUCUUUUGAAUCCCCUUCUUCUGUCGCUUUCGAUGUUGAGGUGGUUCGGCUGGCUAAGCCGCGUGCAUACGGAGUUAGGUUUAAGCGGCGCGCCGGCUCAGCAAAGAGGUUUAAACGUAUCGCUGAGGCCCUGGCAGGUCAAUUGCCAUUCAACAGCCAUGUGGGCACUGAACAAGAUAUUGAUGUUUUCAACUAUAAUUUUGGAAACUGGACCAUUCGAAAGAGCAUACACGAACGGUUUCUGGAGCCUCGUACUUCGAAUUCAGACUCACCACUUUCCUCCUAUCCAAAUACAUCCAGACCAAAUGACUUCAUUCUCGUGCUCGAUACAUCAUCAAUAUGUGGUCCCGGUCUCCCUUUUUAUCUCGAUCAGAAGUAUUCUGCUACUUUCGAGAAUACACUCAUUGUACCCUUACAUUUUCGUUUCCCUGCAUGA